AAAAGGGGGCUUGCACAAUUGUUGCCAGCGGGCAAGGCUGCAGAACAAGCACUAUAUAGGCUACUAACAGGGAGUCAGGGGCCACCUCUGCAAACUAUUGCAUGCCAUUCUACUGAAUAUGGAAUUGUGAAGUGAUAUGUUUUGAAUAACAGACAGACAAAUAUGGAGAAUUCAGAGAAUUUAGAUACAGAUGAUUUCCCUCCCCCUCCACCUCCUGAAGUAUUUGAGAAUCAAUUCCUGUUCAGUGCUGAUGCCGACGAUGAAGACGAAGAAGGGGAGAAAUUCGACUUUGACAGUGGUGACGAGGCCCCGGAAGCUGACAGACAACUCCUGGCAACGGGUGAGAAUGAACUUAAUGACGUAGUAUCAAAAUCACCACGCUCCGCAGAACUAGCCCAUCCCACUGAAGGCAAUGAAGAAGCUUCAUUUCAAAAGGAGUUACCAGCAGAGCCUGACACAGGCUCUACACCAAAGAAAGUGAACCCGUAUUCUGUAAUUGAUAUAGCACCUAUCCAAGAAGGGGAUUCAGCAAUAUCUCUAGAACCUCCUUCCACUGAAGAAAGCACUAGCCCUCGUGUGCCCAGUGGCUACUCUGUUCCUGUCCCGUGCGGCUAUGCAGUUCCCUCAAACCUACCAUUGUUAGUGCCAGCGUACUCUACUCCAGUUAUAAUUCGGAAUAUAUCUGUUGAUGAACAAGGUGUUCAAGGAGUUGUAGCAAAUCCUCAGUGUCAUCCAAUCAACUUGGAUGAUCCCCAUUCUAGCGAAGAUUUCCAUUCAUCCAAAGAAGAUGAUGUGUUGGCCAAGUGGGUUGCAGAUCCUGCUAAUACAGAGUGGAUGGAAAAUCCUGAUGAAGUUAUCUAUGAUGAUGUUCCAAGGGAAAAUUCUGAUUCUGCCACAGAUCCAGAGGAGAUGAUAUAUGAUGAUGUGGAAAAUGGAGAAGAUGGUGGCAACAGUUCCUUGGAUUAUGGUUGGAGUUCUAGCGAGUUUGAAAGCUAUGAAGAACAGAGUGAUCCUGAAACGAAACAUGGAGUCCCUAACUCUUUCCUCCGAGCGGGGAAUACAAAACACGACCUAGCACGUUUAAAGCAACACUACGAGAGAAAAAUGAAAGAUUUGGUGACAAACAAAGUGGGAGGAGUAGAGAUCCAACAUUUAAAACAAAAACAUGAACUCAAGAUGCAAAGGCUUAUGAAAGCUGCAAAAGAGGGAACUAAAGAUGGACUGGAGAAAACAAAAGCUGCCGCGAGGAAAGGCCGCUCCUACAUAAAAACCAAAUCCUUUAUUUUGCAAGAUCGGAAGUCAAUUUGUCUGGAGGAUGAAGAACUGAAUUUAUUUAUCGAUGUAGACUGUUUGCACACAGAGGCGAUUAUGACGCCAAUGCCAGAAGGAUUAACACAACAGCAGGUGGUGAGAAGAUAUAUCCUUGGCUCAGUCGUGGACAGUGAGAAGAAUUACGUGGAGUCCUUGAAAAGAAUUCUUGAGCAAUAUGAGAAAGGAUUGUGUGAGAUGGAACCAAGGCCCCUGAGUGAAAGGAAACUAAAAAUCGUCUUUUAUCGGAUCAAAGAAAUUCUCCAGUGUCACUCCUUGUUCCAGAUAGCUCUAGCGAGCCGUGUGUCAGAAUGGGACUCUGUUGAAAUGAUUGGAGAUGUAUUUGUAGCCUCAUUUUCAAAAUCCAUGGUACUCGACGCAUACAGUGAAUAUGUCAACAAUUUCAGCACAGCAGUUGGUGUUCUCCGGAAGACAUGUGCCACAAAACCAGCUUUUCUGGAAUUUUUAAAACAUUGUCAGGAAUCCAGCCCAGACCGAAUUACAUUAUAUGGUCUAAUGAUGAAGCCCAUCCAACGCUUUCCACAGUUUAUUCUCCUGCUUCAGGAUAUGUUAAAAAAUACUUGUAAAGGCCACCCAGACCGGCUUCCUCUUCAGAUGGCCCUUACUGAGCUGGAAACCUUGGCAGACAAACUCAAUGAGAGAAAACGUGAUGCCGAUCAACGCUGUGAAAUUAAGCAAAUAGCAAAGGCGAUGAAUGAAAGAUAUCUGAAUAAGCUUCUCAGCAGUGGAAGCAGAUACCUAAUUCGCUCAGAUGACAUGGUAGAAACGGUUUACAAUGAGAAGGGAGAGAUUGUCAAAACCAAGCAACGACGUCUCUUUAUGUUGAAUGACGUUCUGAUGUGUGCCACAGCAAAUGCCAGGUCUUCUAACGAAGGUAGCAGUAUGCUUACUACAGGCCAAAAAUAUCUUUUGAAAUGGAGUGUGCCUUUGGGCCAUGUACAAGUCAUUGAGUACGGCGAUGGUGAGGACCAAGGGGGGCAAUCGCUGUUUACGUCUUUGCAUUCUGCUGAGAAAGUCGCUUGUGCCAAACCAAAUAAAUUAUAUAUGGGGCCUGGGCAGUUGUAUCAGGACUUACAGAAUCUGCUGCAUGAUUUGGAUGUGGUUAGCCAAAUUUCUCAACUAGUUUCGCAGCUGAAAGGAAACUAUCAGAAUUUGAACCUUGCAGUUGCACAGGACUGGUCUUCAGGUUUACAAAAGCUAAUCUUGAAGAAAGAAAAUGAAAUCCGAGCUGCAGAUCGCUGCAGAAUCCAACUCCAACUGCCUGGCAAGCAGGACAAGACAGGCCGUCCCACUUUCUUCACUGCUGUUUUUAAUACAUUUACUCCUGCUGCGAAACAGUCAUGGAUCAAUAACCUACAGAUGGCAAAGCUUGCCCUUGGAGAAGAGAACCAGCUGGGUUGGUUCUGUCUAGAAGAUGAGGGAAACCAUAUCAAAAAAGAGAAGCACCCCUUGCUUGUUAAAUAUCUUCCAGUCAUAAUGUCAAAACAACAAGAGUUUAAGAUUGAAUGUGCCAUCUAUAAUCCUGAGCCUUACCUCUGCAGUGAAAAUGAUCCAGAUACACUUUCUAUGCAUCAUGGUUUUCUGUGGAUUGGCAGCUGCACUAAUCAGAUGGGUCAGAUCGCUGUUGUGUCUCUUCACAACUGUAGCCCAAAGGUGUUAGAAUGUUUCAAUGUUGAAUCACGCAUCCUUUGCAUGGUCUAUAUCCCCGGGGAAGAUAAACAAAAACAAUUAAAUGGUGUCCCAGAUACAGAAAAUGGGUCUUCUCGAGCACCAGAUGUGCCUACAAUUUGCCUGGGGAUGGAAGAGGGAAGCAUAUGUGUAUAUAAAAGUAGUCAAGGCUUUAAGAAGGUUCGGCUGCAACACUUUUUCACACCUGACAAAUCAACUGUCAUGAGUCUUGCAUGUUCCUACCGAUGUCUGUAUGCUGGCCUUGUGAAUGGAAAUCUUGCAAUCUACUCAAAGGCAGAAGAUGGAUCCUGGAAUGUUGACACUCCAAAGUUGAUAAAAUUAGGAGUAUUACCAGUCCGGAGUCUCUUGGUGAUGGAAGGAACGAUUUGGGCUGCUUCUGGUGGACAAAUAUUUGUUAUCAAUACAGAAACACAGGCUGUAGAGCACCAGUUCGAUGCUCACCAGGAGGAAGGCAUGGUGGUCUCUCACAUGGCCGUGGCAGGAGUUGGAAUCUGGAUUGCUUUCACCACUGGAUCCACACUGAGGUUGUUCCACACAGAGACAUUUGAGCACCUGCAAGAUAUUAACAUAGCAACUCCAAUACACAACAUGCUACCAGGGCAACAGCGUGUAUCAGUGACUAGUUUGCUGGUUUGUCAUGGUUUACUAACGGUCGGCACAAAUCUUGGUGUUAUUGUAGCCUUUCCUGUGCCUCGCCUACAAGGGAUUCCAAAAGUAACUGGAAGGGGAAUGGUAUCAUAUCACGCGCACCAUGGCGCUGUCAAAUUCCUUGUCAUGGCUACUGCUGUACACAAAAAGCACAAGAGGACGCCAAGCAGAUGCAGUCAAAUUUCAAACCAGGAACUCAAAAACGAAGAUUUACGUAACGCCUGUGUUCAGCAAAACGAUGAAGGGACUACAUCUUCUACAGGAAAUCAUGACAGUGCCGUUUGGCUUGGAGGAUCUUUGAUGUCAGUUGCACAAAAAAGUGACUUGUCUUCUUCUUCUGGUUCUUUAACCUUAUCCCAUGGAUCAAAUUCAUUCGAAACUGGAAAAGAAGAUUGCACUUUGUAUGAUCUUUUGGAUGACCCAAGUCUUCCAGCUCAAAACAAUACAAGACAAAAAAGCAGGAAGAUAAAAGCAGACUCUGUCUUGGUAAUAUCAGGAGGACAGGGCCACAGGAGAAUAAACAAGAAGCUUAAGCCGCAGAGGCAGGAAGAGCUGGUCUCUUCUGCUAUGGUUUGGCAGAUACCAUUGUUGCACAUUUAAAGUGGAUAGAGCAUCAUUUCAGAUUGUUGGUUAUUGAAGCUUUUCAAUAUCACCAAAAAAACAUUUUUCAUGUAAAUAUACAAGAUAAUAAAUCUAAUCUA